UACUAAUAAUGUAUCAUUUUAAUAUUGUUAAUUAACGUAUUGAAAUUCAUAUGAGUAUACCCUUGUUUUACACCGUACCUCAAAUCUGUUAGUAACUAAUAUGGCGGAAUAGAUAGAUGUUGACUUUUCAAGAUCCGGAUAUCUCGGAUUCAAAUAUUUCUACAUAAUAGAGUUUAAGAAGAGACAAGUUAAAUGUAAUUCAUUUAUGUCAUUAUUGGUACACGUUGUAAUUAUCAUUGAGGUCACGUGUUGUGUACUUAAUUGUACUGAGUAUUAUUAACAAUAAGUGCGUAUAUUACCUAUUAGAACAGUCUACUUGGCAAACAACUGUAACUUCGGUUCUUAACGUAAAUGUAUAAUAAGCGUCAUUUACAAAAUCAAGAAACAUACGACUUUUUAAUUAUUUUGAUUUUAAAUAAAGAUAAUACGACUUACGUAAUGAGAGUGUUAAUAUCAAUUUUAUAUAUUCCAUCGAAAGAAAAAUGUGUGAUUUAGCAAAAAAAAUGAAAGAUUCAAGUGUUAAGAACAAUGUGCAAAAUGAAUCAAUGGAUCAGUUUUAUACAAAACAAAGUGUUGAUAAGAAAGAAUCUGCAUUAAAAAGUACAAAUGAAGAUGUUCAACGUGCAAUUGAAGGUUUAAAGGAUAUACCAGAUGAGGAACUUCAAGAAUUUCUUGAUGAUGAAGAUUUUAUGGAAGGUUUAGAUGUUGUUGAUGCUUGGGAAGGUGAUGAAGAAAAGGGUCGUGAAGUUGAAUUUAAAACUACCCAUGUUAAGGAUCAAGAACAAAAACGUUCUUCUAGGGAAAGAUAUCGACGUGACCACAAAGGAACUUACAAUCGUGAAAGGCCGAAGAGAGAAGAAAAGAAACAUGAAGAAAUCCGUCGCGAUCCUUCUAAAAGCACAAAAGAUAUAGAAAGGGACAAAAUACGUACAAAAAGAGAUAAUGAAAGCAAACUUCUAGCUGAAAAAGAGAAAGCUAUUAAACAUUUGUUGGACUCUGAUAAUGUUGUACCUCCAGGUACAGAAACUGAAGCCAUUCAGAGCAUUACAGAGAGACAAAAUAUAGAACAAGCACAGAUGCAUGUGCGUAGGAGCCGAGAGCGACGUAGAAGUAUAGAACGUCAAAGAGGAAACUCAUUACGGCGUAGAACUCCAGACAGAAUUAGACUAAAUUCUCCUCGACGUAAAUCUCCCCUAAUAUUAAGUCCAGAACGUUGUAGAAGUACUUUCAAGAUGAGCAAUGAGAGACAUCGAAGUCCACUGAAGUUUAGUCCUGACAAAAGAAGAAGUCCAAGAUUUAAUUGUGCUCGUAGAAGCCCUUUUGGAUUCAGUCCAGAACGACGAAGAAGUCCAAUUAGACGACUUAGUUGGGAACGAAGAACAAGUGCAGAUAGAAGAUGGAGUGCUGAACGACACAGGAGACGUAUAAAUAUACAUGAACGCCGAAGAAGUCGGUCCCGUGAUCGACAACGAAGUCGCAGUAUGGAACGUCUUAGAAGAAAGGUCAGCCGCUCACCAAUUAGUAGACGUUACAGUCCCCGUCGUAGAAGUCGAACUCGAAGUAGAUCAUUAGAACGUCGAAGGAAACGAUCUCCCUUUAUUAAUGAACUUACGAGGCAACUAAGGAAUGAAGCUAUAAUGACAUCACACAUGAAUUCUGGAUAUACACAUCCUUCGCCUAUGGAUGGCAUACCACCUCUAAUGAAUAAUGUAUAUCAGCAAGAAACAGAAUCUAGACCAUCAAUGCCAAUACCAUCUUACAUGCAUCAAACUGGAUUAGCACCACCAAUGUCAUCAAAUAUAACAACUGGUGGUCCACCUUUCAUAAAUUUUGAAAAUUCAUCUCAGCCAAUGAAUUUUGAUUCUGUUCCAUUACAUCCAUUACCUCAAACUGAAUAUGUUUCUGGUCCAGUAAUGUAUAAUCAACCAAAUACUGGUUCUAUUCAGUCAACACAUCGACCAGCACUUCUUCCAGCACCAAUUUCAUCACCACAACAUGAAUCUGCUACAUCUACAGUGGAACAUAUACAAACAUAUAAUUCAUCUCAUGGCAUUCCUUCCACUCGUCAAUCUCCAAUUCAAAAUUUUGAAUUUUCUAAUAAAUCUAAGGAUACAAUCUCACAAAACUACAGGGAACGUAGAUUUACGGAUUCUUAUAAUGGAUAUCAUACCUCACAAGAAGAACGAUUGAAGACUCCUGAACCACCAGUCAUCUCAGAUACAAAACAAUUUGAAAAAACAAGUUUAUCCAGUCUGUUAGAAGCAUCUGUUUCUGCUAAAGAUUCAACUAGUCUGCCAGUCUUGUAUCCAGGAUUCAAACCAGAAAUAUUACGUCACUGUGAACACGCUUUACGCGAACUUCCUAUUGAAGAUCUUCGUUUAAAAAUGAAAGGACGAUUUUUCUAUGAUCCAAAGAAGGAGAAUAUACAAAAUGAACAAAAUGUAUAUUCGUCAAAUUCGAUUCUUUUACAAAAGAACAAAAACAAAAUCUAUUGGGAAGAAGAGGAAGGACAACAUCUAACUUCCAUAAAGCAAAAUGUACAAAUGCACCAAAAAAUUUGUCAAACUGAUGAAGUGGAAACAAAUACAAAAUUUGUUCAAGCGAGCGUUACUAUGGUAGAUUCUGAAGUACAAGUAUAUCCUCAAGAUUUACAAUAUGCUGUUAAAGAAGAAAAACGACCUAUUAUGGAUCGUUUAGAUUGGAAUGUGCGUGAAACAUUUGAUUGCACACCUAAAUUUCGAGAGGCUGACGACUUGAGAUGGAGUUUAAGUAAUUCUUCUCAAAAAAGAACUUGGAAUAGAACGGUAUCACCUCCUAGAAGAAUUGAUGAUCGUAAACAUCGUAUAGAUUCUAUAUCUUCCUUAGAUCAUGGUUCAAGAAAUAUGAAAUUAGAAUCUCCAAUAAGAAACAGAGAUAAUUUCUCCAGUCAUAAAGGAUCUGUACGAGAUCAUUAUGUCCAUGAAAGAUACUCACCUAAUUACAGGCAUUCUUUAGAAGGACGUGAUGAAUUUCAUGAAAACAGAAGUGAUCAUAGUCGAGGUGAAAGUCCAAUGAUGCUAGAAGAUUCUGCAGAAGAAUUGGAAUUGGAACAUACAUUCCAAAGGGGAACAGAUUGGCAUGGAAGAGGGAAGUUACCAAGAGGUAGAUCAAGUUCACUAAUGAAACAUGUGUACAGAGGAAAGCAUUCAGGUGGAAGAUCUUAUCGUGGGCGUGGAAAUUUUCGUGGAAAAUUCUAAAAUUAUUUGCAUAAAGCACAAACACUAAAUGUAGAACCAUGUAAUCAAAUAUACCAAUAUAUUAAAAAAGUUAGUCUAUUCUUGCAAAAAUUUGGAAAGAAAGACAUGAAUUUAUCGUUUUAUUUAAAAAUUAAAUUUUUACAUCAUAUGUUAAAAUUAUUCCAAAAAUUAUUACUAAAAUAAAAAUACAUUUGAAAUACAGAUUGCAUUUGAACAUUACAUCAUAAAUAAUUAAAUGCGUAUAUACAUAAAUAUUCUUGACAAAAUAUAAUAACAUUAUGUUUAAGGUGUAAAUUAUAAAAUCAUUUAUAUGUAGUGUUUUGUUGAAUAAACAUUUUAUGGGACAAUACAAA